UACUGCUUCACCGUAACUAAAAGAUUCAGGGCGUUUCCGUGUGCGCCCCCAGUCCUGGGCCGCGAGACCUCGCCACCGUGACGCGGCCAUGGGGGCUCUGCCCCGCUGGCCGCCCGUGGUUCUUGGACUCCCCAUGGGGCUGCUUCUCCUGUAUGUGAGCGCUCUGGCCCCGGUUCGCGCCUCCUUGCGGCUGUUGGACCACCCGGCACCGGUCUGUUCUCAGCAGGAGCUAGACUGCAGAGUCAAGAACAGUACUUGCCUGGAUGACAGCUGGAUCCACCCUCGGAACCUGACUCCCUCCUCCCCAAAACACAUUGAGAUCCAGCUGCGUCUUGCCAGAACCCAGCACGGAGACCUGGUCCCUGUGGUGCACAUUGAAUGGACACUACAGACAGAUGCCAGCAUCCUGUUCCUUGAAGGUGUAGAGCUGUCUGUCCUGCAGCUGAACACCAAUGAACGUUUGUGUGUUGAGCUUGAGUUUCUGUCCCAACUGAACCAUCACCGCAAGCGGUGGCGUUUUGCCUUCAGCCACUUUGUGGUAGAACCCGGCCAGGAGUACGAGGUGACUGUUCACCACCUGCCCAAGCCCAUCCCUGACGGGGACCCAAACCACCUGUCCAAGAAGCUCCUUGUGCCAGAUUGUGAGGACUUCAGGAUGAAGAUAACCACGCCAUGUGUGAGCUCAGGCAGCCUGUGGGACCCCAACAUCACCGUGGAAACCCUAGAGGCCCACCAGCUGCGGGUGAGCUUCACGCUGUGGAACGAAUCCUCCCAUUACCAGAUCCUGCUCAACAGUUUUCCACAUAUGGAGGACCACAGCUGCUUCGAGCACAUACAGCAGAUACCUGCGCCCAAACAAGAGGAAUUCCACCAGCGAGCCAACCUCACUCUCCCGCUACACAACUCUAACUGGUGCUGUCGCCACCGAGUACAGGUCCAGCCCUUCUUCAACAGCUGCCUUAAUGACUGCCUUAGACACACCAUGACCAUCCCCUGCCCAGACGUUCCAGAGACUUCAGUCAAAAUUGCAGGCCAGAGAGGACAGAGCCAGGGACUGGGGAAUGGCGCUGGGACCCUUGCUGUCACUCACGCUGUUCUGCUCACCACAGAGUAUAUACCCCUGUGGGUGUAUGGCUUCAUCACGGGCAUCUCUAUCCUGCUGGUGGGCUCCAUCAUCCUGUUGAUUGUCUGCAUGACGUGGAGGAUAACAGGGUCUCAUCAUGAAAAAUAUGGAGAUGACACCAAAUACACUGGUGUCCUGCCCACUACUGACCUGACCCCCCCACCGCUAAAGCCCAAGAAGGUCUGGAUUGUCUACUCAGCUGACCACCCUCUUUACGUGGAUGUGGUUCUAAAGUUUGCCCAGUUCCUGAUCACCACCUGUGGCACUGAAGUGGCUCUUGACCUCCUGGAAGAACAAGUCAUCUCAGAGGUGGGGGUCAUGACCUGGGUCGGCCGGCAGAAACAGGAAAUGGUAGAGAACAAUUUCAAAAUCAUUAUUCUGUGCUCCCGAGGUACCCGGGCCAAGUGGCAGGCCAUGCUGGGCUGGGAGGAAGCCACUGUCCAGCUGCGGUGUGACCGUUGGAAGCCCACUGGGGACCUUUUCACAGCGGCCAUGAACAUGAUCCUGCCAGACUUCAAGAAGCCAGCCUGCUUUGGCACCUACAUCAUCUGCUACUUCACUGGCAUCAGCAGUGAGAGCGAUGUCCCUGACCUCUUCAACAUCACCUCCAGGUACCCUCUUAUGGACAAGCUAGAGGAGGUUUACUUCCGGAUCCAGGAUCUGGAGAUGUUUGAACCUGGCCGGAUGCAUCGCCUCCAGGAGCUCACAGGGGAAAAUUACCUGCAGAGCCCCAGUGGCUGGCAGCUCAAAGAGGCCGUGGAUAAGUUCCGGGAGUGGCAGACCCAGUGCCCUGACUGGUUUGAACGUGAGAACCUUUGCUCCACUGAUGACCAGAACCUCCCAUCCCUGGACGAAGAAGUGUUUGAGGAGCCACUGCUGCCACCAGGGAGCGGGAUUGUCAGGCAGAAGCCCCUGGUGCGGGAACCUGCCUCGGAGGGCUGCCUGAUGGUAGAUUUAUGCAUGGGUGAGGAAGGAAGGGGAAUGUCGAGGGUGGUACCCCAAUUGCAGCCCCCGGGGGAGGCCAUCCAAACUGUGGUGCUCCCCAGUGAGCAGGUCCCUGCUGCUUGUGCAGUGGAGCUGGUUCCUCUUGCUGACAGCAGCGACGCCAGCCGGCUGACCUUGGUGGAGGAGGGCGAGGCCUGCCCCCUGCUGGAGGAUCGUGGCCUCCAGAGAAAGAACAUCCUCUUCCUCCCCGUGGACCCUGAGGACUCGCCUCUCUGCAGCACUCCAGUGGCAUCACCUGGCCACCUCCCCGAUGGUGUGAGGGAGCAGCUGGAGGGCUUGAUGCUCUCACUUCUGCAGCAGAGUCUGAAUAGCCAGGCCCAGGGUGCAUGGGAAGAUGCUGCCCUGGUCCUCAAGGACCCCUCCAUACCCUGUGAGGAGGAGCAGCGGCAGUCCGUGCAGUCGGACCAAGGCUACAUCUCCAGGAGCUCCCCACAGCCCCCUGAUGGGCUUGGGGAAAUGGAGGAGGAGGAGGAGGAAGAAAAGGACCUAGGGAAGUCAGCUGAGCAGCUGUCUCCUGAGCUUCUGCAGGACCUGAGGAGCCUCCAGCAGCAGCUUUUCUUCCAAGAUCUCCAAAAGAACUCUGGCUGGGACAGUGUGGAGUCAGAGAGGUCUGCUACAGAAUAGCAGGCCGCUUCCUAGGGCCUCCCUGGUCCAGACCCUCCAUAGGGUAUUCAUGUGCAUGUGGGUGUAUGUGUGUGUGUGUGUGUGUGUGAAGCAUCUGCCUUUAAAAUGUAGGUGUCUUAUCAAGCAUGGUGGCAUGUCCCUGUGGUCCUAACUACUUGGGAGGCUGAGAUGGGAGGAUCAGUUGAGCCUAGAAAUUCAGGAUCAACCUGUGUGACAACAAGAUCCUGUCUCAAAAAUAAAUUAAGGAAAAUAAAACGUACACAUCCUGAUUCUGAUCCCAGUACCCCUCCUUAACUUUUCUUUAUGUGACCAUCUGUUCAUCUUGUGUCCCCACAAGAAGUCACAACCCAUUCCCAGGAACUCGUGGAUGAGUCAUUCAUUGAUUCAUUCAGCAUUUAUUUGGCACCUACUGUGUGCCAGGCAUUUGGGAUACAAAAGUAUAUUACACAUGCCGCGGCCUUGGCCACCAAGGAGUUUAACAUCUAGUGAGAACCAAAAAUUAGCAAGCGUGGAAUGGGGAUGAAGGAACAAGGUAUAAAGACUGAAGAGAGGCCUGGCAGGGCCCUGGCCCAGGGAGAAGCUGGUUUGGGGGAAUGUCACAGUCCCAGGGAAGGGAGCAGCCUGGGGGGUGAGUGCUGGUGGGGGGGGGCAGGAGAGAUGUGGAUGGGGAGGAAGCCAGAGCUCGGGGUGGAGAGAACCUUAUAGGCCAGGCUGGGAGCUGGGACAGCAGCCCAGAGGCCUGCUGAGGACGCCUUUCAUGAAAGGUGAGCUGGUGCCCUGCAGGGGAGGGGACUGUGUGCCAGACAUGCCUGGAAGUCACCUCAGAUGAGUUUUAAAAGCAGACAGGAUAGAGCGUGUGAUGUGAAACCUAACAGCAUUCAGCAGGGAGAAGAGUCUGGAAUCCUGAGCUCACUGACUGGCCACCUGUCAGUGGGAGGGCUGUGGCCCAGCAUUCCUCAGGGCUGCCUGCCUGGACCCUGGGCUGAAGCCCUGAGCUCAGGAAGCACUGGGCAGGGGGGUGCAGAGUGAGGUGCGGUGUGGGGCGGGGAGGGAAGGCAGUGGAGAUCUAGGCAGGCCCUUUGGGGACAGGGAACGUGUGCUGCUGUGUACCUGAAGGUCUGAGGUUCAAGACAGCAUUUGAGGAGAGAUUCAGGCCCCAGUUUGAAGGCAGUUUUCCUCAAGCGCCUUCUUGGGGUAGACGGGAGCUGAAGAACACACAGGGAUGCCUCCGAUCCUGGCCUCGAGUGCUGUCCACUCUGGGCAUCAGACCUUCAUGUCUUCCCAGCUUCAGCGUGGAGAGGACUCUGAUAGGACAAGAAGCCAACAUCACAAGGCAUAUGUGCCUGGGCCUGUGCGUGCAUGAAAGAGAUUCAAUAAAAAGUUGUUAACUCUGCCAA